AAUCAAGAAUCCUUCCGACAAACGUCAACGUCAAGCAAAUCCACUCGAGAAACUCCACCAAAAUGUCGCGAAACUUGCCGUCUAAAUUCCCAUUUUCCGUACUGAAAGAGCACGUUAGGUUUCUGACCACCAAAUUAGACGUGAUCCAUUUACCGCCCCGAACAGCCAAUGCAGAAGAUUCCGUUUCUCAAGAGCCUUCGGAUGAGCUCGUAGGAAACCCGAUAAGGUACAACGUGUGCAGGGAGCACGUUUCGGCAGGCCAGAAGUUCGUCUUCAACAAGAAACCAGAACAAGAACCAGCGGCUUCUCAAAGUCAGUUUGACCCGGAGUGCGAAGUGGAAGAGGCCGCGGUUCAUCCCUCGCUGCCGAUCCUCAGCAACGAAGAAAAAGGUUACAGGUCUUUCGCCGUUUCGAAAACGCAGAAAAACGUCAUCCUUCCGUUGAAAUCGUCCAAACUGGCAAACCCGUUCCCAGAUCCGGUUAAAGUGAUGCCAUCCCACACCGUCUCCGAUCAGGAAAAGGCUGACCAGAUGCAAGCAGAAGCCAGAGUCCCGAGGUCGAUUACGACCUCACGAAGAAUAUAAAUCGAUUGUGUUGUAUUUUUGUUGUUUGUUUUCAUAUUGUAUAAAUUUGACGUGACGACAAAAUAAUAGUCCCUGAAUAUAUGAAGUGUUCGAUUGUU